AUGGCUCCUAUUACACAGGGCGUCAGCAGCAAAGCGCCCCCCUGUGGCGAAGAUUUGUCAUCGCUUCGGUCAGGAUAUGCUGUACUCACGACGGGUGCCACUGGUGGGGCAGGAUAUGCUGUACUCACGACGGGUGCCACUGGUGGGGCAGGAUAUGCAGUACUCACGACGGGUGCCACCGGUGGGGCACGAUAUGCUGUACUCACGACGGGUGCCACCGGUGGGGCACGAUAUGCUGUACUCACGACGGGUGUCACCGGUGGGGCAGGAUAUGCUGUACUCACGACGGGUGCCACCGGUGGGGCACGAUAUGCUGUACUCACGACGGGUGCCACCGGUGGGGCAGGAUAUGCUGUACUCACGACGGGUGCCACUGGUGGGGCAGGAUAUGCAGUACUCACGACGGGUGCCACUGGUGAGGCACGAUAUGCUGUACUCACGACGGGUGCCACCGGUGGGGCACGAUAUGCUGUACUCACGACGGGUGCCACCGGUGGGGCACGAUAUGCUGUACUCACGACGGGUGCCACCGGUGGGGCACGAUAUGCUGUACUCACGACGGGUGCCACCGGUGGGGAACGAUAUGCUGUACUCACGACGGGUGCCACCGGUGGGGCACGAUAUGCAGUACUCACGACGGGUGCCACCGGUGGGGCACGAUAUGCUGUACUCACGACGGGUGCCACCGGUGGGGCACGAUAUGCAGUACUCACGACGGGUGCCACCGGUGGGGCACGAUAUGCUGUACUCACGACGGGUGCCACCGGUGGGGCACUUAUGCUGUACUCAUGA